GGUUCUGCGGCUACAUCUGAAAAGAAAAAUCUGUUGAUCUGUUGGUCAAAUCACAUGUCAAGGGAGUCUUUCAUGUGAUUCACCUACCCCCAUUGGAGGUAGUGGGGAGGGGCGGAGCAUCUGGCGGUUCUGAUCGCCCGGAAGGAAGAAAGCGAAAAAAAGGAAGGAAGGGAAGCAGGAGCAAGCAGUUGCGCUUGCUUGUGGUUCCGUUGUUGGCGCUGGCAACAGGCUCCUUAGGCACCCACCCAUAGCAAGGCAGGAUGCAGAGCGUCAUUAAUACGGUGAAGGGGAAGGCGCUGGAGGUGGCCGAAUACCUGACGCCUGUGUUGAAGGAAUCAAAAUUUAAAGAAACUGGAGUUAUCACUCCUGAAGAGUUUGUGGCAGCUGGAGACCAUUUAGUUCACCACUGUCCUACUUGGCAAUGGGCUACAGGAGAAGAAUUAAAGGUCAAGGCUUAUCUCCCAACAGACAAACAAUUCUUGGUCACUAAAAAUGUGCCAUGCUAUAAGCGAUGUAAACAAAUGGAGUAUUCGGAUGAACUGGAAGCCAUUAUAGAAGAAGAUGAUGGGGAUGGAGGAUGGGUGGACACAUUUCACAAUGCAGGCAUUACAGGAGUGACAGAAUCCAUUAAGGAGAUCACACUGGAGAGCAAGGACAAUACAAAGUUACCAGAGCGCUCAGGGUCUUGUGAAGAUGAUGACGACGAUGAGGGAGAGGCAGCUGAUAUGGAAGAAUAUGAAGAAAGUGGGCUGUUGGAGACUGAUGAUGCAACAUUGGAUACAAGAAAAAUAGUGGAAGCUGCCAAGGCAAAAGCUGAUGGUGGUGGUGGAGAAGAAGCUAUUCUACAGACCAGAACAUAUGACCUUUACAUCACAUAUGACAAAUACUAUCAAACACCAAGACUCUGGUUAUUUGGUUAUGAUGAGCAACGGCAGCCAUUAAAUGUAGACCACAUGUAUGAAGAUAUUAGUCAAGAUCAUGUUAAAAAGACUGUGACAAUUGAAAACCAUCCCCAUCUUCCUCCACCUCCAAUGUGUUCAGUUCAUCCGUGCAGACAUGCGGAAGUUAUGAAGAAAAUAAUUGAAACUGUGGCAGAAGGUGGGGGAGAGCUUGGAGUUCAUAUGUAUGUUCUAAUUUUUUUGAAAUUUGUACAAGCAGUCAUUCCAACAAUAGAAUAUGACUACACAAGACACUUUACAAUGUAAUUAAGGGAGAUAAUGUUUAUUCUAAUUAUUGAUCCUAAUUUUUUAAAAAGAAUAACCCAUACCUGUGACUGACUUGUUUAUCCACCAUGGUAUACAAUUUCUGUAAUGUAUGACUUCUAUCAACUUGAUGCAUCCAAAUAAAAUUCCACUACCAGCCUUACUUUUUAAUAAAGACCUUUAUGUGUAAAAAAUAAA